UCACUUUUGAUUUGCCAGUGAUAGACCGCGAGGGUAACUUUAACCGUGCGGAGACGAAGAGGAGGCGAAAAUUUGAUAUCAAGUUCAAAGAGAAAGUGCUGAUUAUGCUGCAGAACACUCUGGGGAGCAGUAGGGGUUGUAUGAACUAGUCACUAGUCGACUUCACUAUAGUGACUUUUUAUGCCUGUCAUCGACUAGUCGCUGUCACGUGAUAAUGACCGGCAAGAUGCAGUCCUCGGAAAAGACAGCAGCCUGCUGUCAGCAGGUGACAAGCUCCUGCGCGUCGGGAGGCAAUGCACUGUGCCAGAGCGUCGGUACUGACACCCGCCGUAAAACAGACAUUUAACCAAAUUGUGACCUUUACCCUCUUGCAAUGUAACCUUCCCCUCACCCCCAUCCUAACCUUAACCAGCUUGCGCAUGCAAAGCUCUGAUUGUUGACGCGCUCCAGACAUCUGCGUCCUGAGCACGGCCACAGUAACAUUAUCAAAUCAGGUGUCACCACCUCAAAAACUAAUUUAACACGCGAUCGUUCAUGUCGGCUCAUUUCCUUUCAUGUUUUCUGUCUUUUAUUUGCGCCUGAAGCGUUUCGCUGCUGUGGAUCGGGGCGCAUCACCUGUUUUGUCCUCGGUGACACACCGAUCACUGAUGCAGCCGCCAAGCAGCGAGCACCCCGCUGUUUAAGCGGUUGGUAGAUCUUUUAGAACUGCAGUUCAAAGGUAACUCAUAAGGUGAAUAUAUAUGAACCCAGGUAGCAGUUUCUCUUUAGGAUUGAGAGGAGAUGCAGGAAGAUAAUAAACAGGCAGGACAGAAAAAAAGUCAAAUAAAAACAAGUUAGUUUUUGUACCUGGUGGUUGCAACAAACAGACACCAUUGAAGGUAAUCAGAAGUGAGGAACAGAAAAUGAAAUAAUUAUUUUAAUGUUUAGAGCAGGAGGAACUCAGAGAGGCUGCAGGCGCAUCAGUGAGUUUGCGGCCGCUGCGCAGGGGGAGGGGGGAGAUGGCUGAAGCAAAAACGACUGUUGUUAAAAGAAAUGUGUUUAACUUUGAAAAUGUGGGCGCAAUUUUAAUUGUCAAAAACUCCAGCAAACCAUUAGUUCAUUUUGCUCAAAUAGAAAUAGAGGCCUGCCUCUAAUUCUGGUCCUCCUUCCAAUAAAGGCCCGGAGCUUGAUGAACUUGAGUCAAAUACAGGCCCGGGCCUGUAUUAGAGGAUUUACGGUAUGUACAAGAGCUCAUGAUGCAAAUGUCUAAAGACAGUUAAAGUGAAUUCUGAGUCACUUUUUUUUCAUAUCUGACAAACCAGCCAACCAACAUUGUUUCCUGGAAAUAAAUGCAGCAUGCACCCUUUAAAACAGGAAGUGUCUCGACUAUGUGUGGGCAUAUUGGUUUUUCUAUUUGGAGGAAACACCAGCACAUCUACAGGAGAAGACGUACCUACUGCUAUCUGGAAACCAUGAACACCACAGCUUGUCACAUGAUCCCAACUGUUUAUCCACAGAAGUUCCUGCCUCCUGUCUUCAUCUUCGUAUUCAUCGUUGGGCUGCUUGCUAAUGUAUGGGGACUGAAGUCUUUGCUGCUCAACUGGAAGAAACUGGGAAAUGUCAACAUCUUUGUUCUUAACCUUGGACUUGCAGACAUCUUGUAUCUGCUCACACUUCCCUUCCUGAUGGUGUACUACUUUAAGGGAAGUAUGUGGAUAUUUGGAGACGUCUUCUGCAAGGUUACAAGAUUCUGCUUCAACCUGAAUUUGUACUGCAGCAUUGGCUUCCUGACUUGUAUAAGCGUGUACAGGUACCUGUCUAUUGUCUAUCCUCUGAGAGUGAAGGGAAGAUUAACCACGACUCACUCUGUGGUCAUAACGGUCACGGUUUGGAUGCUGGUGGGUGUUCAAAGUCUUCCUGACAUGUUCUUCCCUAAAACAUCAACAAAUGUGUCUGAACAAUGUUUUGAUACCACCUCUGAUGAUCAUGUGGAUGAUUACCUGAAGUACAGCCUCAGCUGGACACUGAUUGGAUUCUGUGUUCCAUCCCUCGUCACACUGGGUUGCUACGGACACAUGAUUGCUGUUCUCUGCUACAACAAAAACAUAGAUGAGAUGCUGAAACAAAAAAGCUUAAAACUACUGAUCACUCUGAUUCUUCUCUUCUCCGUUUGCUACAUACCCUAUCACGUGCUCAAGAACCUCAACUUGUGGUCGAGAGUUCUGUCUAGACAGAGGAUAUGCCCCAAAUGGAACAACGGAGUCUACAUCGCUCAUCAGAUAAGUCGAGGUCUUGUGAGUUUGAACAGUGCUCUCAAUCCUCUGGUGUACCUCCAUGUAGAUGAAGAUGUUUCAGCUCAGCUCAGUCGGCUCAUCCAGAGAGCCUUUCAGGCCCUUUCCCAGUUGACCACCAAUACACGGACCGCUCGGUUAACUGCCUUUAGGAAAGUGUGAUGUUGUUUUCUAUUCAUGUUUUCAUUUCAGUGCAAGAUCCCCAUUAAAGUCACCUCAAAGCACUGUAAAAGUUACUAAAAUAUUGUGUGAUCUGAGACCACAAAGUGUUUUCUUGUGUGUUUUAAUGUGUUUUUUUUUUCUGGUCAAAUUGCAGACGAACUUGUGAUUUAAAUAAAUGGAAUGGUGCUUAUUAAUUUCAUGAAGGUUUGUGGGUAUUUUUUAUUUAGGAAGUCUAAAUGCCUGGACUCAUCAUAAAGAAAAGAUAAUGUUGUGGGUGUCUGAGAUAAAAAAAAAAGAAAAAAACGAUUUAAACCAGACAUGAUGCACAUAGCGUGAAUUUAACUGAUUGACCCAAAUGUGUUGCACAUCAAAGCAGUUUCUCACUAGCAGCACAGAAAGCUGAGAAAUGAGUAACAGUAAACAGAUUGGUGUCCGUCUUCACAGGAAACGUUGCUCAAACCUCCACAGUUUCGCCCACUGGCAUAGAUAAUCUGUAAUGUUUAUGUAGAAAACACAUCUGAUAAUGACACUUUCAUGUCAGUAAUGACAAAGGCUUUCCUGACAUGACAUCCCAAAAUCACUACAUUUUUGUUCGUUUUGUUUUUAGAUCACGGGAGUUUGUAAGAUCUGAGAACAGCAGCUCGGUGCAUAAAGACCAUUCUUCUACCAUUCUAUUGUUUUACUAUGAAGGUUAUAAUAAGAAGGGUGUCGGCUUGACAGAACCUGAAACUACACCACAGGUUCAAAAAUUGUGAUUUGGGUGUUUUUUAUAAUCAGUCUCAGUGCACUUUCACAAUAAAAGUCACAUUUCACGCUUCAUUUAUCACCUGAGAUUGAACAAAUAAACUUGGAGGGAGAAAAAAAUAGAAGAAAAAAACUCUGCAUCUGUAAGACUUGAUUGAUAAAGACCACCAGGUUGUAUUAAUGCAGAAUGGACGAAAUAAAAUGAGACAAAGCAUGUCUAGUUAUUAGUUGUGGCACUUUCAAAAAGUCAUACAUUUUUUUCUUCUCCUCUUCAUAUUCCUGCUUUAAUCUGAGGAUUUUUCAUGUUUCCACAAACGUUUCAUAUUUUUGAUGAUCCAAACCACAAGAGUUAAAAUCAGAUUAUACUCUGAAUCAGAAUUAAAAGGCUAGAGAUUAUUUCAAAAAUUAAAUAAACUUUAGAAACAUUUGGCACAACGGACGGUUCUGAUGACAGCUUGUACUUUUCAUUUGACAAUCUAACAUUUUUAAAGAUGGUGAAUGACUUAAGAGAACUAAAUGCUGUUCCAACCUGAUUUUAUUGCACAGAGACGUUUAGAACAGAAUCAGUAAACUGUGCUUUUCACACAUGGUUAAACAGAAAACAGAUGUCUGAGCAGGACGUCUCUCUUCAGAACGCCCUCCAGUCAACGUGGUCACACACAAAACUGACUUCCUGCAAAAGAGCAACAGAAUAGAAGAGGAGAAGCACCACCUAGUGGUAUGAGACAACAUGAGACGUCCAACGCAUUAUACAGUUUUUCUCAAUUGUUUACACUUAUUUCCUGAAAGCAUGCCUCAUAUUCUCAGAACUCUACACACAAAUCCAAGAAUACACACACAAUGGGCAAAACCCCUCACUUAACCUGCAAAAAUAAACUUCACAUUCAAAACAAUGUUAUC